AUGAUAAAAAAGAAGAUUACUUUUCUUAAUAAAAAAUACUAGCUAAGCUAAUCUGAGGAUGAGAAAACACCAGACACAGCUUUAACACCACUUUCUAUAAAAGAAUAAAUACAAAGUGAUGAUUCAGAUAGUGGUACACCAAAUAUAAUGACUCUAACUCCUCUAAAAAUGUCUAAAUUCAAAAUUUAACAUGAAAAAAGCAAAUCAUCAUUUGCACAUAAUGCUAGAAAUUUAGUUAAUAGAAGAGAUAAAUUGGCAGAGUAUCCUUUUAGAUGGUUGAUUUUUGGAUAAAGAACAACUGAGGAGACUUUACUCAAACAUAUUGAAUAAACAAAAAGAGGGGUAAUUUAUGCCACGAAAUCUUUGAAACCUCCAUCAGAAAAAUUUCUAUAACAAAAAAAAGUAGAUAUCCCUUUAAAAGAAAAAGAAAAAAAAAUUUUGAUAUUAGAUUUAGAUGAAACACUGAUACAUUCUUGUACAAGCAGAGAGAAAUCAUAAGUAUAACUAAGAACUGAAGAUGGAUAAUUAGUAUAAUUUAUUAUUAUUUUUUAAGUUAAGAUUCAACGUUCGACCGCAUCUAGCAUAUUUUCUUGAUAAUUUAUCAACAUUUUACUAGAUAUUUAUAUUUACAGCCUCAUCUCCAUCUUAUGCAUUAGCAUUAGUAGAUUAUAUUGAUCCUUUAGAAGAUAAGAUCUUAGGAAUAUUUACAAGAAACCAUUGUCUUGAAACAAAGAAUGGUUAUUUUAUUAAAGAUCUUCGUAUCCUUAGAGAUGUGGAUUUAAAAAACAUUAUAAUUGUUGAUAAUCUAACUCAUUCUUUUGGAUUUUAAAUAGAAAAUGGAAUACCAAUUUUAGAAUGGACCGAUGAUGAAAAAGAUUAAGAAUUAAAAUAUUUAGUUGAUUACUUAAUUGAGGCUAGUUAAUAUAAUGAUGUUAGAGAAUUCAAUAGAGAAAAACUUAAAUUGCAUGAACUUAUUGAUUAUAAUUUAUGA